UGAGGGAUGACAACGCACUGGCUAAGAUAUCUUUCUUGUAAUGGCUGGAUCACAUUGAUGUGGGAGGGGACGGCUUGCCCUACUGAGGCAGCCUUGUGUGGCGGCAGAUGAGCCCGAUGACUCAUGUAUACAGUAUGCAUGAUGAUGAUGCCUUGGAUUUAAGAGCGGUGAUAUGAAUCACGCACCGGAUGACUUAUCUGGAAUCCUCGGAGCCAAAACGGAGAUUUACCAGAGUGGCCCGAGUAAUGGGAGUGCGGCUCUCGUCUCCUUGCAAGAGCCGUUACUGACGCCAGAUGUCAACAGGUCGCCCUGCGAAUGCAACAGGUUGAAAAAAGAGUCACUUGGUCCACCUGCUGCUCUUCCCGAAGCGGUUGCUCCUACUCUGUCGCACUCCGCGCCUGGCUCGUUUUUACCUUGGACCAAGACAAGUGCAACUCGGGUCAUUAAGAUUUAUAAUGAAGACAACACCAGCUGGGCGGUGGAGGUCCCUAGUGACAUUGUAGCCCGGGACAUAUGUCAGCUAUUUGCCUUGAAGAGCCAAUGCAUCGAUGAACACAGCUUGACGCUUUACGAGCAUCUCUCCCACCUGGGAAUCGAGAGAACAAUCGAGGACCACGAGUCUAUCAUGGAGAUCAUCUCCAGCUGGGGGAUGGAUGAAGACAACCGGAUCCAUUUUAGGAAGAACUACGCAAAAUAUGAAUUUUUCCGGAAACCUUUGGACUUCUUCCCUGACCACAUGGUGUCCGUAUCCAGUGAAAACAACGGGGGGUUGGAUCACUCUCAACUUGUGGAGACAUUCCUCAGCUCCAGCACCUGCCCAGAGAUUCACGGACAUCUCCACGCCAAGGAGCCAAGCAAGAAGUCCUGGAAGAAGUUGUACUUUAUCUUGCGGAGGUCAGGGCUUUAUGUCUCCAGUAAGGGAACUUCUAAGGACCCGUGGCAUCUUCAGUUCAUCGCCGACUUGACCGACUCGAAUGUCUACACCUUGUUGUCCGCCAAAAAAGCACACGGGGCUCCGACGGAUUUCGGCUUCUGUGUCAAGUCCAUAAAGUGCACUUCAUCCCGCGAUAUGAAGCUGUUGUGUGCCGACGACGAGCAGACCAGGUCGUGCUGGAUCUCAGCCGUGCGAUUGCUCAAGCACGGGAUGCAGCUGUACCAAAACUUCAUGCAACCGCACCAGAAACAAAAAGCUUCCCCAAUGCGGAGCAUCUCCGAGAACUCCCUGGUGGCCAUGGACUUCUCGGGCCAGAAGAGUCGGGUGAUCGAAAACCCCUCGGAGGUUCUCUCCGUGGCCGUGCAGGAAGGCCUGGCGUGGAGGAGGAAAAGCUGCCAUCGACUGAGUUCUCAUGGAAGCCCAUCCGCAUCCCAGAGCUCCCUCAACAUCGCGCUUCAUUUAGCUCAGCCCUGGUUCCAUGGCAAGCUGUCACGGGAUGAAGCUCAGCGUCUCAUCACUCAGCAGGGUCCCAUUGAUGGGUUAUUUCUUCUGAGGGACAGUCAGAGCAACCCCAAGACGUUUGUCCUGUCACUGUGCCACAUGCAAAAAGUCAAACACUUCCAAAUCUUACCCGUGGAUGACGCAGGCGAGUUAGCCUACAGCCUCGACGACGGUCACACGCGCUUCUCGGACUUGAUUCAGCUGGUGGAGUUUUACCAGCUGAACCGCGGCGUGCUGCCUUGCAAACUCAAACAGCACUGCAGCGGGACCACCCUGUGACAAGCAGCCGGACCACCACCAUCCGACCCUCCCGCGGGCCGCCUUUCUGGCCCUUCACCCGCAGUGAUUUUUGUGCACGGACGCAAACUUAUGCAAAGACUGGACAGUGCUGGCAAGGUGCGUCGCCCACUGGCCGAAAAAGCUCAAUUGAACACCGUUUAUUCUCACUGUAUAUAUACACCAAAUGAUGAUAUUUUAUAAUUAUGAAUCCACGUAUGCAUUUUGCAACAGUUUGGAAAGUUCACCCGCCACCCUGCACACCCACCUCACGUUUUUUUAUUCAAAGUCUAUGGAGGGAAAAUUAUAUAAAAUUUGUUGUUGUUGCCCUUCACCCCUUUUAUUCCAGUGAAUGUCAUGAAGGGUUUCAAAUAUGUGUAAUAAAUAUUUUUAUUUCAUACA